AACGGAUCAUGACAGCAACCUGUACAUUGACCAUCUCAGAUAAAACUCAGAAACAUGCAAGUGUGAGUAUUUAUAUAUCUCUAUCAGCUUUUCAGUACACAUAAUCAAACACAACCCUCAUUCGCUUCACCGUGGUCAAGUCCUUAAUUCUAGCUCCCUUGGAAUACAUAGAUGGACAAUGCUACAGAUUCAGGUACCGAUCUAUCAGAAAAUAGGAGUAGCUUUGCUCUUCAAUUUGGAGUCACCCUUGGCGUGUUCACUCUAAUUGGAAUCAUUAUCAUUGCGUCUUACUUCUUCUACAGUCGCAAGCACAUGCCAGUGGACCCUUCUCAACAUGGCUCUUCAGUAACUGAUGAUCAAGAUUCUGUCAUUGUCGAAUUAGGCCUCGAUGAAGCCACCAUCAACAGCUAUCCAAAGCUGUUGUACUCCCAAGCCAAGAUUGACAAGGGAGAUUCAAUAGGUCGAUCCUGCUCUAUAUGCUUAGCAGAUUAUAAAGAAGGUGAGAUGGUCAGAUUGAUGCCAGAAUGUGAUCAUAUCUUCCACUUGAAAUGCAUUGAUCCUUGGCUAAGGUUGCAUGCGACAUGUCCAGUAUGUCGGAGAAGCUUUCCAGCACCUAUUUCAACAACAUCUAAUGAGAUCAUAUGCUUAAGAAUGCAACGAGAGUUCUUCAAUAUAUCAGUCAGGCCCUGAAUUUUAUCAAAAAAAGGUGUGUACCUUUUGCAGCACUU